UCUCAGCCGAUUGUGUUUAGUUAUAUUGUCAAACCCACAGGUAAACGACGUACCAGUGAUAAACGGAUUUUAAACUUUAUGCAUGUUUAGUUUGUAUAGAACAGUUAGAUUCCUUCAUAUGUUUUCUUAUUAAAUUAUCAAGAGAUGCCCUCUCUUCAAAUGGAGGUUUGUGCAGGUUGUCAGCGUCCAAUAGAGGACCGUUAUCUUUUAAAAGUUCAGAACAAUUACUGGCAUGAGACCUGUAUGAUAUGUGCAAUUUGUCGUCUGCCAUUACAAGGCUCGUGCUUCAUGAGAGAUAGUGCUUUAUACUGCCGAGCAGACUACGAAAAAUUAUUCCGCGGGAAAUGUUCUGGUUGUGGCUACUGCAUUUCAGCUCAAGAACUGGUAAUGAAGGCUAAUGGAAAUGUAUAUCACAUGAACUGCUUCCGGUGUGUGGAAUGUGGCCAUAUAUUACAGAAAGGGGACCAAUAUGUGCUCAAAGAUGGACAGCUGUUUUGUCGAUUUGAUUUUGACAAGGAAUUUAGUGUUCUUUCAUAUAGUCCAAAAGUGGAAGACGAUAGUGACAGUUAUGAAGAUUUUGAUGGCGAUUUAGAUAGGGCAGCAAAACGUCCACGUACAAUACUCAAUACACAACAAAGACGAAAGUUUAAGGCAGCAUUUGAACUCAAUCCAAAACCCUGUCGGAAAGUACGAGAACAGUUAGCCUCGGAAACAGGAUUAACCGUGCGUGUUGUGCAAGUGUGGUUUCAAAAUCAACGAGCAAAGGUAAAGAAAAUGUCUCGAAGAGGUUCGGACGAUUCAAUUGGAAAAGAAAGAAAACGACGAGGGCGACAUCUAGAUGACGAUAAGGAUCCAUCGUUGUAUCAAGACAUGGACGAGCAAUCUCUUCGUAUGGCAUCUGAUAACGAGGGUUCUUUAUAUUCCAAUGUGGAUCUGUCCAACAACAUGUUUAUGGAUGUGCAAACGUCAGAGGAUUCAGCCGAGUCACCCGAACAGAAUAUUUCAGAAUCUCUCGGACCUGAUUUGAAUAAAUCGAGGUGCCCGACCAAUCACAUUAACAAACUUUAUUCCAUGCAGAACUCGUAUUUUUGUGCAGAGUGAAGUCAACGUUUAAACUCAUUCCGCCCUAUCAUUAGACAUUUUAUAUAAAUUAUUUAAGCAUUUUCUUGUAAAUAAUGUUCAAUGUGAUAUAAUUGAAAAAAAACAAUACAAAGUUUUGUCCUGCAUACAUAUACAUGUAUGUGGAGAGAGAAAAAAACAAUUUGUGCAUAGUGACCCGGAAAAGUGGUGUCUUAAUGACAGCUUUCACGAAUACAAAAUGCAUUCAUUUAUUUAGUAAGUCAUUUAAGUGCUGUACAACAGAAUAAAAUUAGUAUAAUUAUUUUAUAAUGAACAAGGUAUGUUUUACCGGAUCAUGAAGGGUCAACUAGUCCUCUUACGCCUUGUAGAUUAUGAAAAGAGAAUACUGUUAAAAAAAAACAUUUAUACAAGUAUUUUCAAACAACUAUUUGUUAAAAAGUUGUUGACAGUGUUAUCAUCAGGAUUGCUCAAUAUUAUCUCAUAUUCAUAACUAAAAAUCAUUGUUAAUUUAUUUAUAUUCAUUAAACAUCGCAUUUUUAUUCUAUGGCAAACGGUGGUGUCAGAUUCGUAGAAAAAAAACUUUUCUAGUUUCUUAGCAACAUUGUAGAUAAGUUUGUUGUUAUUUUUUUAAUGUAUUUCUUUUCAUACGCAUUUGGCAUAUUCUAUAAAUCUCAGAUAUCGUGUUUAAGUCAAUUGAUACUGCCUUAUAGUUUAAUAUUUUGUUUUUCAUUUUUAAAUUGACGAAUAUUAAAAUUAUAAUUAAAAUUCCACACAAUAAAAAGAGAGAAAACGGAAUUUACUGGAACUUUGGAUAUCUUCAAACAAACAAAUUUCACAAUACUAGUAGCGUCUGAUCUUGAAAGUUUCCGUAAGUCCGUUCACAUUUAUAACUUUUUUACAAGACACAUGAUAUCUUAUAUUUAUACAAUAUAUGUCUAUUGUUAUAGUUCAUUUGGUGCAUUAUAUUAUUUGUUAUCUUUUCACUUAUACAUAUUACAGCAACAUUGAUCUUAGAUUUGUCUUCUUCCAAUGUUAUUGUUGGUAAAAUCAUAUGAUUAUCGAAUGGCAAAUAGCUUUUACUUAAAUUAUGUCCCAAUUCCUAUUCCGUUGCUUAGGUUUUCGAGAAUGCAGCUAUUUUGAUAUAUAAGAAGUGUUUAUAUUUGUUUGUUAAAAGAAAGUUUUCAGAAAGUUUUUAUUUGUCCGACUUUAAAAAAAAAACCCAGGAUGUAACGUCAAGAUUUUGGUAAACUUCGGCUCUUUUCGGC